CGAAUUUCGGUGCUCUAGUAUUGUUCGCAGAUCUGGCACGAGAAGGGUCACUGUUUCACAGCUCCUGUAAUGCACACUGCCAGGUGUUGUACUGCGUAGUGACGGAGGAGGAAGAGGGGGGAAACACUGACAGCUCCUCCGCACUGUAAUACCGUGUCACAAGGUUGCUUCGUUGAAACUGCCAUAUUUCUAAUCGGGUUGUUUGAGAAGAGGCAGUAACGCCAAAAGGAAGACGACGUCGGUCGGUCCGUCGGAGGCUGAGAAGAACUGUCAUACCAUGAGUGAGUAGGCGCGUGAGAGAGACUACUCGGAGCCGUUAUGGAUACCAUUGGGGUCUCGUUCUUGGACCCGCUGGAUGAUUAUGAAUUGAUACACCGGGUUGGGAGUGGUACUUACGGCGAUGUUUUUAAGGCUCGCAACAUCAAGACGUCAGAGAUGGCGGCCAUCAAGAUUGUAAAGCUGGAUCCAGGCGAUGACAUAACUUCCAUCCAGCAGGAAAUCACCAUGAUGAAGGAGUGCAAGCACAAGAACAUUGUGGCGUACUUCGGUAGCUACCACAGGAACACCAAGCUGUGGAUCUGCAUGGAGUACUGCGGGGGCGGCUCGCUGCAGGACAUCUACCACGUAACGGGGCCCCUGAAGGAGAAGCAGAUUGCCUACGUGAGCAGGGAGACGCUUCAGGGUCUGCACCACUUGCAUGAGACUGGGAAGAUGCACCGGGACAUCAAGGGGGCUAACAUCCUUCUGACGGAACGAGGAGACGUGAAACUGGCGGAUUUCGGUGUGGCAGCUGAGAUAAGCGCGUCUGUGGCCAAGAGGAAGUCCUUCAUUGGGACUCCCUACUGGAUGGCACCAGAGGUGGCAGCGGUGGAGAAAAAGGGCGGGUACAACCACCUGUGUGACAUCUGGGCGGUGGGCAUCACUGCCAUUGAGCUGGCCGAACUGCAGCCGCCCAUGUUUGACCUUCACCCAAUGAGGGCCUUGAUGCUGAUGUCAAAAAGCAACUUUCAACCUCCCAAACUCAAGGACAAGACCAAGUGGUCUGCUGGGUUUCAGAGCUUUGUAAAGAUGUCUCUGACCAAAAAUCCCCGCAAGAGGCCGUCGGCAGAAAGGCUCUUGGAGCAUCCGUUCAUGACUCAGCUGCUGACGCGAACGCUGGUCAUCGAGCUGCUGGACACGGCAAACAACCCGGACCUCCACUUCACACACACGCUUCUGGAGAACGACCCGGACUCGAGCGACGCCUUCCCUGAUAAGAUCCAGGCCGAGGGGAAGCACCUGGCUGUGGAGAGGACUCUGUCGGAGGAGCAGUUCGACCACGUGAAGUUCGGACGGCCCUUGCGAAAAGAGGUGGAACCGUACCCCGAUCUGGACUACGAUGACUGGAGUGUCUCAGGGGAUGAGGAAGAGUCACCGAGCCUGCUGGAAUGUGUGGAGGCGGCGUUGUUGCAGAGAAGCUUAACAAUAAAGAGGGCUCCCUCUGGUGAGGCUUCUGGGGAGGAGGGAGGUAGAGGAGGAGUGACGAAGAGGUGUGGUUUGCUGGGCGCCCCUCUGGUGACCAACACGUCCUCCCUGCCCUGCUUCACCUCUCUGUGCCCCGCCCUGGAGGACAAGGACCUGACCCUCCGGCCCAGCGCCACCCUGCAGAACAACUCUACCCUGCUGCCCAACUCCAACGCAGCGCUGUCCAGGUGCUCCGCCAGUCAGGACAUCAGGCUGUGGUGCAGCGACGCUCCUGCAGGGGGUGCCGUGGAGGCACGGAAAGCCGCGGGGGUCCCCUCCGCUCCCCGUGUCCCCCCACUGUCGCCGGAGUGGAGCACGCUCAGACGGAAUAACGAGGAGUCCAGAGCAGGUUGUCAUGGGCUGCCCCCCACACCCCAAGUCCAUAUGGGGGCCUGCUUCUCGAAAGUGUUCAACGGCUGUCCCCUCAAAUUGCACUGCGCUGUCACCUGGGUCCUCCCCAAAACCAGGGAUCAGUACCUGAUCCUGGGGGCGGAGGAGGGCAUCUACACCCUUAACCUGAACGAACUCCACGAGGACACCAUGGAGAAGUUGCUCCCACAGAGAUGCACCUGGCUAUAUGUCAUGAAUAAUGUUUUAAUGUCUGUCUCAGGUAAAUCCUCCCAGUUGUUCUCUCACAGUCUGGCCUUGCUGUUUGACCAGCGGAGACACCUGCAGAAGAGGCAGGGCCACCUGUCGCUCGGCACCAACCGGCUCACUGAUAGGAUCAACCCCAGCAGGAAGUUUGCGGUCUCCGUGAAGAUACCGGACACCAAAGGCUGUCGAAGGUGCAGCGUGGUACGGAACCCCUACACUGACAGCACGUUCCUCUGUGGGGCGGUCCCGUCCGGGCUGGUGCUGCUGCUGUGGUACGAGCCCCUGCAGAAGUUCAUGCAGCUCAAGCACAUAGCUGUGUGCUUGCCUGAGCCCCUCUCCAUCUUUGAGCUGCUGGUCGUGGAGUCCGAUGAGCUGCCCCAGGUGUGUGUGGGGGUGAGGGGGUGUGUCACGGACAGCCACAUCCCAUCAACCAAUCAGCAGGUCAAGUUUGACAUCAUACACCUGAGCAACGCGACCAGUUUCUCUCAUUCAGACAGUGUGCCUCUGAAGGCUGUACAGGUGACACAGCUGGACAGAGACACUGUGCUCAUUGCAUUAGAAAAGACGGUGAAGAUUGUGAACAUGCAGGGUUUCCCUAGCAAAGAUUUGGCCUCUGAGCUGACCUUUGACUUUACCAUCGAGACACUUGUCUGCCUGCAGGACAGUGUGCUGGCCUUCUGGAAACAUGGCCUUCGGGGGCGGAGUCUGCAUAAUAAUGAGAUCACACAGGAGGUAGUUGAUGAAAGCCGCAUGUUCCGGGUCCUGGGGACGAACAGGGACAUCGUUCUUCAGAGUACCCCUACAAUGACCCCCUCUGCCACGAGUAACCUCUACAUCCUGACAGGCCACGAGAACAGCUAUUGAAAGAGGAAGAAAGAGGGUUGCAGAGGUCAGAGGUCAUACUAGAGAGAGAGAGGUAAAAGGGAAAUAGACACGAUAAAGGGGAGAGAGAGAGAGAGAGUGUGAGAUGAAUAGUGCUGGAUGUCAGGCACGGGGACCGAGGGGCCCGCACACACUGCCUGGGGCCAGACUAGAGACCGCCCCCCCCCCCUCCCCCCUCUGUUUGGGAGAAUGAGCUCAUCCUGGGAACAGACAGACUCAAGACCUGGAUUUACCUGGAAAACCUGGAGAGGGGAACAGGAAUCUUGUGUGACACACUGGACCAUGUGGAAGAUGAAUCUUCAUUUCGCGGCGCUCGCAUACACACACACACACACACAC